AUGACAUUGUACAACAAGUAUGUGUUUGGUAUGGGCUUCCCUCCGGUCUUCCUCCUCCUCGGACAGUCGCUCCUGGUCCUCCUUGCCUUUAUGGCCAUGUCUGGGCAAAGCGCCCACAUCGAGUCAAGCAGAGGCUCCACUGGCAGCAAGGCCUCCAAUGGCAGGGCAAAGUCAUCCAAGUCGUCGUCUGGCAGGCCUGGUCCUCGGUCUACUCGGACUAGUCGAUCCGCCCGUGAUGAUCGCGGCGCCCGUGGUGGUCGCGGUGGCCACGGCCCCACGCUGGCUCACUCCCAUGGCUCGGCUCGGACGAGUGCUCCUGGUGCCGGCACAUCGGCGUCAGCAUUAGCAUCCUAUUCACCGCCAUCGGGACACUCGCCAAAACAGAACUGGAAAGAUGCUGCUGUCGCCGUUUUGUUUGUGGGCAACAACGCGUUUUCGGUCCUUGCCCUCAAGUAUGUCUCGCUGCCGAUGUUUGGAGCCAUCCGGAGAAUGCUUGUUGCCGUCGUCCUCAUCCUGCAGUACAUGUUGUAUGGACGGUUGCCCGAGCCGAUGGGCGCGACGCUGGCGUCGGUAGUCCUAAUCUGCGUCGGUGCACUGACAGCCGGCAUGGCCGACGCCGCGUACUCGUUCGAAGGCUACGCGCUCACCGGGUGCUCGAUGGUGUGCGCGGCCGGGUACCUGGUGGCGCUAGGCGCCGUGGGGCAGAGCCGGCCGUUUGCGCAGCUGCUGCGAACAAACGUGAGCUCGUGCGUUGUGGCUCUCACCGCCUUUCUCGUCUUUGAGACCCUUGUGCCGCACCACAUGCUCGGCGGGCGACAGCCGGACGUGUAUGUGGCAGCCGCGUUUGCCACGGACUCGAGUGCUUCACUGCUGCUGACGGUGGGCAUUGUGGUCGGAUCGGCGGCCAUCGGCUUUCUUCUCAACUACUCACUGUUCGUGACGACAACCGAGUCGUCGCCGCUGACGGCGACGAUUGUGGGCAACGCCAAGGCGCUGCUGACCGAUGUGCUCGGCUCGCUUCUCUUUGCCGACGUCACCCUCACCGUGCGCUUUGUGUCAGGCAUUGCGCUCACCCUCCUCGGCAUCAGCAUCUACUCGUGGGGCAAGUACACCGCGAGCCACGCCGUGACUGGCCGCGGGAGUGACGCUGCUGCCGUCCACGAUCCGGACCUGGCGCUGGCCGGCUCGUCCGACUCGGGCUCGUGCCACGAGUUUGACGGCUGCGACUCGGUUGUCGACCUGCAGCGUGAGCUGCGGUCGCGAGUCUGA